AUGGAUUUUGAUGUGGGAAGACAGUACUUAGAGGAUUCCCUCCCAUGGGAACAGACUGCUUUACUACUCAACUAUCUAUUACGGACUAGCGAGUUUACACCACGGUUGGAUACCCCGGAAAUUCCGUGGCCCGAAGGUGGUAAGGCGCAACCUCUUACCGAAGACUAUGCUAUGCGUGGUUUAAUCUAUACCGGAACCUAUUUCCCAAAGAAGUGGUUUGAUAAUACGGCGAUUGACGACGACGAAAAAUACUUUGAGCCUGCGUCAACCGUAGGCAAGCGUUGCGAAAGAAUCCUGUGGCUCGGGCAUAGCAUUGCAAUGAAGAAAAGACAGCUGCACUGGGAUAAGCAUGCGAGGCAGUUCUCUACAAAGGGGGGAAGUCACAACGACGAGCUCGAAGAUGAGCCAGUUGAGCUGGCCGCGUCUGUUACUGAUGUCGCAUCGACCGAACCAGCAAACCCAUGA